AAACUUUUGUAUUUUUCGUACUUUAGCGAUGCCGGCAUAGUUGCUACUUCAAAAUCUUUUCUAACUUUUUCAUGGAACGGUCAUGAUCAGCUGCUCUUUGGAACAGCCGUAUAACCAUGUCACAUAUUUUUUCCCAUAUAUUUGACUACGUGGUUCAAAUUUUCUUCCAGGCAGUUUGUACACGUGUCAACAGCGUACUGCAACGCUGAGAAGCGAGACGUACUUGAGGUUGUAUACCCACCGCCUAUAGGCGCCGACAAAAUUAUGGAAGAUAUUCAGUGCACAAACAAAGAUGGGACAGGCCGUAAUGAAGACUGCUUGUUUGGGCUGCCGAAUACGUACACUCUGACCAAGAGAAUAGCCGAAUCACUGGUGCUGGAAGAACGGGGAGACAUUCCCGUCGCCAUCGUACGACCUUCCAUCGUCUCUGCGUCGAUAAGAGAGCCACUUCAGGGUUGGGUAGACAAUUAUAACGGUGGCACCGGAAUCCUUAUCGUGAUAGGGAUGGGGCUGCUACAAUCAGUAUUGGCGGAAACGAAGAGUAUAAUGGAUUUCGUUCCAGUAGAUGUUGUGACCAAUAUGCUAAUAUGCGCCGCCUGGCACGUUGCCGAAACAAGACCGAAGCACAUCGAGGUUUACCACUGCACGAGCGGCGCUCUCGCCCCACACACGUGGAUCCAUAUGGCUGGCAGGAUGCAGCGAGCUAUGUUGCGAACCCCGUUGCCAAAUGCGCUUCGUUACCCCCAGUUCAACAUGACCGGCAACCAACUGUGGCACAACAUCAACCUCUGGUGUUUCCAUUAUCUGCCAGCGUGUGUCGUAGACCUGGCCUUGCAACUAUGCGGACAGAAGCCCAGGUUUGUACAGCUCUACCAGAAGGUUUGCAAAGGGUUGAAUUCUUUCCAGUACUUCAUGACUCACGAAUGGCUGUUCAGGUCGAACAAUGCCUUGGAACUUCUGCAAGAACUCUCUCCCACGGACGCUGAGUUGUUCGACUUCGACGUGCGGCGCCUCGAAUGGAUUCCAUACUUCGAAGGCUACAUGUUGGGAAUUCGCAAGUACCUCCUGAAAGUUGAAGAUUCAGAACUACCAGAAGCACGGAAACGAUUGAGACGACUCAACGUCGUGCGCUGGUUCGGGUACUUGUCCAUGGUCGCGAUUCCUUGGGGACUUGUGGCAACGCUGACGACUUGGGACGUCUGCUGCUCAUUACGUGGCGUCGCCACGACACUCUGCAACAUGCUGGGCUUCCAGUGGAUCCUAUGAUUCUCGUCAUCACCAAAACACUAACAGUGGUGCAGCGUAACCAAAAUGGAACACGCAAUGUAUUUUAACGGCGCAGGCGAACGAAACAGGGACGACGCUGGUUAGCUCUGGUGGGAUUCGUUAGCGUAUCUGCGCUUUCACGCACUCUCUGUCAGACUGUUCGCAGCCAAAUAUUCAGCAAUUCAGACCUCCUACAUGGCAUUGAAGCAGGCGCCGCUCUACCACCUCUGGUGCUUCGAAUUUCGGGAGUAAAAAAGACUUCAUUUCUCAAUUAGUAUAUUUCGCAUCAGAACCGGCCUUCCGCAAGAAACAAGGAAACCACACCGAUCGCCCACACAAUACAGGUAGCUCGCUUCGCUUAAUAUAAGCGCAGCUCGGCCUGCCCCUUGUCUCAGUCUCUGUCGAAGGUAUUUGGUGGCACGUAAUAGCGUUUAAAGCUUAACAGCACAUAUUCUUCAUUUUAAUCGUAAAUUUGGUACUUUGAUCUAUAAUCGAGCGUUCAUUUAUCAUUUGCCUUGACCCAAUUUUGAGAUGGCUUGAACUGUAGCAGUCGUACGUGACCUAAAGCACAAAAAGCCCUUUUGCGCAAUGAUGCACUUUCCUGUUUAUCUGUGUCGACUGGUAAAUAGGCGUGCUUUACCGAGAAUAAACUUUAGUUUGAUGUAGCGCUCGUCCUGUCUAGUCUUCCUCCUUGUGUCCUCCUCGUUCUUUGCGCUUUAAGUGAAGUAUGAAUUCUUACAAACUAGCCCGAAUCUCAGUUCUUGUACAGCCGUCAUUGACGAAGUUAAUUAAGGCACAGUUAUUUAGGUAGAGUUAAUUAAGGCACUCGAACCGAUGAGCUUUGGUGGGAGAAAACCUGUAAUAGGAAGUAACAACGCAUCCGAAUGUCAAGUAAUUUAAUGAAUGUCUUGUUAGCGCGCAGGCUUUCGUCUUCAUCCUCUUUAGCGUAUGCUAAACUGACUGUCAACUUUUCGUUGUACAAGUCACUUCGUUGUAAAGAUCGUGCACCUCACACGUACCACACAAUAGAACUGGGACAUAUGCAUUUCUUCGUUAUACAGGUCAUUUUGUUAUAGAGUCAUUAGUUAUACAGGCGUUUGACGGUAUUAUAGUUUGUAGCUUUUUCUUUUUCAAUGCUGAUGUCAAAUUCAGCUCUUGCCCCAAAACGUGCGUGUAUACAUAAAGUACAAUGCUUGUAUUCUCAUCAUCAACAAUACUGCAUUUUUGAAUAAAUUAUUGGAGUAAAGCAUGUCGUGUGUGUCGGAUUAUUUUCACAUGAGUGGCGACGUUUAUUUGCGCUUGUUUUCAGAGACCUAUGUGCGUCGUGGCAUAAAUAUUGCAAAGUCAUCUGUUUGAAACCUUUGGCAAAUGGAGCAGCUUUUGCAAAAAGUGAAGCGCUAUCAUUACGGCGCGAUGUAAAUGGUGGAACACGCGUUCAUAUGAUGCAACAUUGCAGGGUAAAGUAUAUAUUCAUCAGGUUGCAUGCUGCGGCAACACGAAUAGUGGAUUGUGAUCAACGCGUAGCUCCCAGGAGGAUCCAUACUCACCUCAUUGCAGUCUCAUUUUGGUUGUUGUUUUCGCUCACAUUUUGGGCUUAACAACGUGAAAGACUGAUACAAGUCGACUCCUGAAUAGCUAUUUACAUCAAGAAAUGCAAGCGACAAGUAAGUUUAUCUUCACUCUCAUCCAACACGUUCAACAGAUUUUGACUUCUUCAGCACGCUAUACACGCUUGCUGGCGACACGAGUACGCGAUGUUUUUGGGUGAAGGCAACUGGUCAAUAAACCCACACAUGCUACCUGAAGGCAUCAAUGUUGCCGGAUUCAAGACCCUCGUUAUGUAAUGAACGAGAAAGAGAACUGAGGGGUCCCAUUUUUAUUAAUCUUAUCAUAAGAAGCCAACAAACGACGACACCAAGGACUACAUAGGAAAAGAACUUGUACUUGCUAAGAGAAUUAAGGAAAUUAUGCCUUCAGGUAGCCUGUGUGGGUUUACUGACCAGUUUGCUUCCCCAAAAAAGAUCACGUACUCGUGACGCCUGCGGCAAAAAAAAAUAUCUUCCACUUCGGCGACAAGAUUUGUGAGUGGUGGCCCUGUCUAACACUCCCAGGGCUAGUUCUAGUGGUAAAGUGGAUGGGAAAAUGACGCCGCGGUAGUUUCAAUUACCAAGAGCAUCGCAUGCAUAAUGCGAAGACGUGGAAUCGUUCCCCACCAGCGGCAAGUUGUUUUUUCAUCCAUUUUCAUUUCUAAUAAUUUAUCAUCAUUUCUUUAAAUC